UUGAGCGUCAUCACGAGCAGCGCCCGCCAUAGCCAUCGAUGAGCAAUACGCAGAAAACCCCCUGCAGUCUACGAAAUUACCAUAGCGGUCCAAAAUCCGACCGUUGCCUGCGUCGUCCUCCUUCCUAAAGCACUCGACCGUUGGACCCAACCUUCCCUUAAGCCACGCGCGGCCGCCCCGCCGCCACAAGUCAUCGCGCCUCCGCUCUUCUCCCCUUCCAUCUUCGCUUCUGCGGCUUCCGAUCUCACAUCGACUCGAAACUUUCCAAAGAAAAUCGUCUCUUUCCUUGCAGAGAGAUCAGAUCGUUUCUUGGACCGCCUGAAAGGGGAGCUUCUGAUGGAGGAGCAGCCGAUCAAGAACGACGUCCACGUCGUCGAGAUCCCGGUCAGCGGCGACGGGGCCGGUCCCGACGGCGGGAGCGGCGCGGGGGUGGCGGAGCCUGGGAGCCAUCCGCUCGGGGAGAUCGCCGGCAGCGCGGGGCACCUGCUGCUGCUCAAGCUGUGGCAGCGGGAGGAGUCCCGCCUCGGCCGCCGCGCCUGCGCGCUCGAGGCGCUCAUGGACGCGGCGCGCCGGGACGCGUUCUUCCUCUGCGCCGCCUUCCUCGCCUUCCACGGCCUCUCCCUCGCGCUCCUCUUCGCCGCCUCCGUGUCCGCGCCCGCGCCCGCCGCCUCGCCGCCCGCGGAGCGCGGUUCCUGCAGGAGGUGGUGGGUGCCGUCGUCCCUGUCGCUGGCCGCCUCCCUCGCGCUCGCGGCGGCUGUGCAGCUCCGGGUCUGCGCCUACUGGCGCGCGUCGCGGCGGCUGCGGCGGGAGCGCGGCGACGCGCGCGCGCUGGCGCGGUGCGUGCAGGAGCUCCGCAUGAAGGGCGCGGCGUUCGACCUGUCCAAGGAGCCGCAGUACGGGGUGACGAGGGCCAAGUGCGCCAGCGUCGAGGGAGCCGGUGCGUGGCGCCCGCUCCGGUGGUGCUACCAGAACGUCGUCGCCGCCUGCCUGCUCGCCGUCGCCGCCGCCACCAUGUGCUCCGGCAAGUUCAUCUUGUGCGCAUAGGACGGAACCGAUCCUUAAGCCUUAAGGAUGCAGCUUUACCAAUUUCUUGAGUUGAUAUGGAGGAUUUGGAAGGGGAUUGCAAUAUGCAAAUGUUUGUCGUUGCACGCUUGCAUAGGACAGACUGACCACUGCUUGUGCUCCAAUGCUUACGACAGAACUAACAACGUUUUCUCUCUGCCCUUUAGAUGUUCAAAGGGCGUAUUCUUUGUAUUGAUUUAGUUCCUGAAACUCAAAUACCGUGUUUGUUUGCUUUCCAGUCAAUUUUGACAAUGUGAUACACUGCAAGUUUCAUGCAUUUCAGCCAAGAAACGAUACCUUUUCAGUCAUUGAACUUUCCUUGCAAAAAUUCUCCUAUGUUGCACAUUGAGUGUGAUGGAUCCAGAUCAAUCGCACAACGGUUAUCUGUACAUGUAAGCAAUAUUUCCAUUAGACAUCAGGUAGAACCGGACGUGAUUCUUGCCUUUUAUUUCCGGAUCAGCCAUGAGUUGACAUCCUACCUGCCAUUGACAUCAUCCUCCAGUGAGCUGUGAUUUCAAGUCA